AUUUCACAUACUCAAAAACAUAACACUAAAACAUCUAAACAAAUAAAAAUAAAAAAAAGAUGGGGAGUUUUCUUAAGCAUCUCAACAUUGUUUCUUUCAUGUUAAUUUUCUUUGCCCUUCCUCUCAAUUUAGCCCUUCAAGUUGGUUUCUAUAGUUCUUCUUGUCCCAACGCCGAAAACAUCGUUCCACAAAUGGUUCAACAACGCUUCAAUGCUGAUAGAUCGGUUGCUGCUGCCUUGCUCCGCAUGCAUUUUCAUGAUUGCUUUAUUAGGGGUUGCGAUGCAUCAAUAUUGAUUGACACAACAAGCAACAACCAAGCAGAAAAGGAUGCAGGAGCAAACGGAACUGUAAGAGAAUAUGCACUCAUAGACCAAAUCAAGGCCGCUCUAGAACGAUCAUGCAAUCAAACAGUUUCAUGUGCAGAUAUCAUAACACUCGCUACUCGUGAAGCAGUUUCCCUAUCUGGAGGGCCAAGGUACAAUGUACCAACCGGGAGGCUCGACGGGCUCAUUUCUCGGGCUGCUGAAGUAAACCUACCCGGCCCGUCCUCUACUGUUUCACAGAUCAACCAAGCCUUUAGAACCCGAGGGAUGACCCUCAACGAUAUGGUUCUCUUAGUGGGUGGCGGUCAUUCUAUUGGGGUUGCCCAUUGCAAUUUCUUUCAAGAUAGGUUAUCCAACUUUCAAGGAACCGGAGCUCCGGAUAGUACAAUGGAUAGGGCUUUGCUUACGAGGCUUCAGGGACUUUGUGGGAACGCAAAUCCGAGUACCUUUCUAGACCAAAACACGUCGUUUGUGUUAGAUAAUGAGAUCUAUAACCAACUUAGAAAGAAUCGUGGAAUCUUGCAAAUUGAUCAAGAGCUAGCACUUGACCCGUUAAGUGCUCCAAUGGUGUCGAACCUUGCCGCGAAUAAUAACCUUUUUAGACAAAGCUUUGUAAAUGCUUUGAUUAAAAUGGGGAAUCUUCCAGGAACUGGAGGAGAAAUUAGGAAGAAUUGUAGGAAAAGAAAUUAAAAAAAUAAAAUAAAAAUUAUAGAGAAAUGGUUUGAUUAAAUUUAGAGCUUGAUGAGUUGUUUUGUUUAUCUUCACGUACGUACCAUCAAGUUAAGUGUAAAUUAAAUUAAUGUUUGUUACUUCAUUUCUUGAUUUGAUUUCUAUAAAAAUUAUAGAGAAAUGGUUUGAUUUCUAUAAAAGUUAUGAUUAUUAAUAUGUUAAUUCAUUUCUUGUA